CUGCGUUUUUUUAUUCUAUUUUAUUAUAACACUUAACCUCUGAGACAGAAAGUACAUCUGAACUAUCUGUCAUUUAUUUUAAGGUUGGCGCGUACAAAGAAAAAAGGUAGAGAAAAAUAAAAUAAAAUUAAAUAAACAUAUGAGGAUUUGCUGUUGUGACAGUUUCCAGCUGCUCCGCUCUGCGCGUCUCUCUCCGCGGUUCUUGGUUUCGCUUCCACCUGGAGUUGCAUGACUUGAAAGAGUUGAUCAGACUUCACCGCCGACAUGAGAGCUCAAAUAGAGGUGAUUCCGUGUAAAAUCUGUGGGGACAAAUCAUCAGGGAUUCACUAUGGUGUCAUCACCUGUGAAGGCUGCAAGGGUUUCUUCCGACGCAGCCAGCAGAACAAUGCUAUGUAUUCCUGCUCACGACAGAGGAACUGUUUAAUUGACCGGACCAACCGUAACCGUUGUCAGCACUGCAGGCUGCAGAAGUGUCUCACUCUGGGCAUGAGCCGCGAUGCGGUCAAGUUCGGUCGCAUGUCCAAAAAGCAGCGUGACAGCCUGUAUGCAGAGGUCCAGAAGCACCAGCAGUCCCAGGACUGCACGGGGCUCGGUGUCCGCGAGCGAGAGGACGGCGACAUGUCCGACCACGGCCGCACCUACAGGAGAAGCUCCACCGCCGCGCUCAGCGACCUGGACGACAUCAGCAUGCUGCCAGAGGGUCUGCUUUUCGACCUGCCGCUGACCCCCGAGGAAGCCAACGGAGACUACUGUAACCUGGACAUGCUGGGCGGCAGUGCAGGCAGCAGCUCCUCCUCUCAGAGUUCACCAGAACAGACCAACUUGGACUUUGUAGACGUCAAACACGGCAUCAAGCACGAGUACCAGCUGUUGCACGACUCCGGCCUGUUCUCGCAUGCUAUCCUCAACCCGCUGCCCGAGGGCUGCUCUCUGCUUGAGAUAGAGCGUAUAACUCAGAGUGUGCUGAAGUCCCAUAUUGAGACGAGUCAGUACAGCACAGAGGAGCUGAAGAGAAUGGCGUGGACCUUGUACAGCCAAGAAGAGACGCGCUCAUACCAGACCAAGUCAGCUGAGGUGAUGUGGCAACAAUGUGCCAUUCACAUCACCAAUGCAAUCCAGUAUGUGGUGGAGUUUGCCAAGCGCAUCUCUGGCUUCAUGGACCUCUGUCAAAACGAUCAGAUCAUCCUCCUCAAAGCAGGCUGCAUGGAUGUUCUUCUGAUCCGUAUGUGUCGGGCCUAUAACCCCAUCAACAACACGAUGCUCUUUGACGGAAAGUUUACAGCGGCUCAUCUUUUCAAAGCGCUUGGCUGUGACGACCUGGUGAAUGCGGUGUUCGACUUGGCUAAAAGCCUGAGCCGUAUACAAAUGUCCGAGGAGGAGAUGGCUCUCUUCAGUGCUGCUGUGCUGCUCUCACCAGACCGACCCUGGCUGACAGAUGUUCAGAAGAUACAGAAGUUGCAGGAGAAAGUCUACGUGGCUCUGCAGCGCUGCCUACAAAAAGAGGGAGCAUCAGAAGAGAAACUAGCUAAGAUGGUGUCCAAGCUUCCCAUCAUGAAGUCCAUUUGCAACCUUCACAUCGACAAACUGGAGUUUUUCCGCCUGGUCCACCCUGAGACCGCGUACACCUUCCCUCCUCUGUAUAGGGAGGUUUUUGGCAGUGAAAUCACCUUCCCAGACUCCACAGAGGGCUAGAACCGCUCAGCUAAAUAGAGGGAUUUAAAUGGAGACGUUGAGGUGUAGGAAAGGGGAGUUAAAAUAAAAUGAAAAAGUGGCAACCAGAUGAGGCAAAACUAACCAGCAGCUCAAUGACAAUCCUGCACGCUACACUUUAGGACACACUCCUCUCAGCUAUGAGCUCCCGGCCCUGUGGAGGAGCUCACACUCGCCCUGCAAGCCAGUCCAUUCAGCUUCAACGUAACACUACAGGAACUGCUGCUGGCUACUCAGUGCAUGUUACCUCUUUUUCCCUUUUUAGGGACUUGUUGAAGAGUUUUCCUAAAAAAACAUUAUUUUUCUAUGAGAUGACCUUAAACUUCUCUCAUCAAGCUGAAUUUGGCUUAAACCGCUCUCAAAGUUCCUGUAAGCUAUUGUUGAAUGUACCCCCUUUGUCCCUCAAAAUAGAAUGUACAUACUUAAAAUCCUCACCUACUUUGGGGAGGUUUGCAGUAAUGAUGCCUGUUUCAGUUCUCUUGUCUGGUAACAGCUUAUUAUUUCAUUCGAUAUCUUUUUUUUUUGCUAGUGCCCAUAUUUUGCAGUUUUGUAAUGUAUGAACAAACUGUUUAAAGGGACCAUGAUCAAACUAACAAAGAGACAGGGUUUUUAAGCUGUGUGAAUCGAGGGCAAACACAAACUCUUGCACACAGAACACAAAACAUAGCACUUAAACUGAUACCUUUGUAGGUAUUUUUACUAGCACAUCCACAGACAUUGAUGUAAGUGAGCUUUUAUUUUAUUUUUUAUGCAAUCAGUGACCUCAGCCCUAAUACCUUUUCCCCUUUGAAAUUGCCACCAAGAGAGUGAGAGAAUCACAGAGGUAUUUUGAAAGUAUUUUCAGAUGCAUCUUUUAUAUAUAAUAUAAAUAACUACACCUAUAUAAUCAUGUAAGAUAAAAGCAGUCCUAAAUUCAUCCCGAGUGAGGUGGAGGGUGAUACGCUUGUGCUCAGGUCUAUUUUUAACAGAUACUGCCUGCUCAAACUUUGGGGAUCUGGGGUGGAAAGAUUGGUGUUGCUGAGCAGAAAAAUCUAAUGGAUAAUUAUGGCACUAAUGAGUCCUAGUUAGAUUCCAAAAUGAACUCUUGGCACCAGGUUUUUACGGGUUCGCACGCAGACUGCCAUCUGUGAAACUCAUUUUUAAACCAGUCAGAAAUGCUAGAUACACCAACCCGCUGUAGAUAAGCUGUAUGAACAAUGUGCUGGGCAGCCGACCACUGUGGCGUUCACGAACUCCUCAUGGAGGAGCGUCUGGAACUGCCUCAGCCACCCCGCUUUCUCCUCCGCCAGAAGACCGCCAUCGCCCGAAACCUCCAGCAGCGUCUCAACCAGCAGAUUCAAAAAGACUUUGGGAGUAAAGAAAGAAACUGAACUGAGAGUUUGGUGUUGAAAUGUGACAGUUAAUCACAUCUCCACCUACCUACAUGGUUGGACGAUACGACAAAGAAUGGAGAGUGGACUUAUGGGUGAUGGUGUUCGUUAAGCCCCUCAGACGUCAGCAAGAGGGGAUUUACUGUCUGUGGAAACUCUCACUGCUUCGUGUCGAGGCCGACUGUGCUGUCGCAGGAAGCCAAGGUGUUCUGAUUGGAGAAUUAGAUCCUCUGUUCCUCCACCCCCCCUCCCCUCCCUUACUACCUCACCCUCUUCAAACUACAUGGCGCAGCAAAGGGUUGACAGAGCCAUCAGCUACCCCCCUGAGUUAGUAUUUUUGCCGACAUUCUAAAGAGCUUCUUCUAAAAUACAACAAUUUGGGUGACAUUUGAAGGCCGUUCGCUAAACUAUCCUUAAAAAAAAAUGUUAUUACGCUCUUAAAACUGGACAGAAGACAAACUGAACUUCUGGAUCUACGUAAACUGAUCGAAUCCUCUUUGACUGCUUUUGUGUCAUUUGAGAGCAGUGCACGCCUUUAGGUCCAGGAAGCCCUACUUAGAUCUGAAUCUAUCUGAAGUGAAGUCUCUGGAGACAUUAGGGUGUGUCCAGAUGAAACCUUUUUUUCUUCAAAAUAGGGGCACAUAUUGGAUUUCUGUCCAAGAGAAGCUACUAGAAAAGAAUAGUUGUAAUUUAUGCAGUUUUUAUCUAAAGCAUUUUGCGACAAUCACGCGACAGAUGUUGGAUGUCUAGCUCUAUUUAAUAUGUCAGCCUGGUCUGCUUUGCACUGCUGGGACAGUGCUGUUCGCCAUCCAUUAUCUCACACAGUAAGAAGGGGUAUUACUCUUAUCUGGGUACGUAAGACAGUGGCAUGGUGAGAUUGUGCAAUAAUGUCUUUCUUUUUGUAAUAGCACUCCAGCAUUGUUAACCUCGCAGCACGACAAAUAAUGUUAUUUAGAAUUUAAUGUACCAAAUACUCAGCCAACCACUACGCAGGACAGCUGUCAGCUGACUCGACAGUCAGAUGACACUUAGAGAUUGUAACAAAGUGCACUACUUUGUGUGUGGGGAAUGUGAGACAUGCUGCUUUGAAAGGAUUCAGUGUAGUCCAGGGGGGCUUCACUGAAGAUCUGCACUUGCAUUUCCUGAGUCACUCAGGGAGAUAGCUGGGCUCUCUGUCCUACAGUGUCUGCAGUUAGUCUAGCUAGCAAGACACCUCGCACCAACAUAGAAGACCUUAAAACCUUGAUCACUGUGUACAGUACAUGUUCUUGUGAAUGUUUUACUUCGAAGUAUCAAAGAUUUAACCCCCUGUCUGAUAUCAUUAUUGCAAAACUUUUUUUUUUUUGAGUUUGAGUCAUAGAUGAAAUAGGAUAUUAAAAAUAGUAAACAUAAAUAUAAAAGGUGGAUUUUAAUCUCUGAAUCUUGUGUUGGUUUUGAUGUGAUCUUUUGUUUCUUCAUUUGUAUCCCUAUGUGUUUUUUUCUCAUCUGUUUAGUGUCCUUUUUGUCUUGGAGAGAUGUAAUUCUAUUUUUUUAAAGAGCGUUUUUAAAGAUGUCUCCCUAAAAAGUUUCUCUUUUGUCAUGAUCCUUCUGUUUAUAUGUUCACAAUAUUUUAAGAUUAUUAUUAUUAAAUCAAUAUAGAUUUUAAUAAGAAAUAAUUUAUGAUAUGUUAUGGAUUUAAAGCCUAAGAUGUUUUAACACAAUAAAGUGGUAUUGCACAACGGUGAUACAAAAUGUGGAUUUCAGAAUGUAA